AUGGGACCACUUCUUAACGUAUUCCUUAUAUUUCCAUUCAUUCAAAUAGCGCUGCCAAUUUCUAAAACUGCUAACACAAUGAGUGCAGUCAAAAUAUGCUCUCUUCCGCCAAAUCCCGGCUUUGGGGACUGUAGCUCGAGGCCGGUUACCAUGUUUUACUUUGACGCAUACGAAUUGAGAUGCAAAAAGUUCCUAUUUUUAAAUUGCAAGGAAAGAAAUGCAAAUCGAUUUGCUACUGAAGAAGAAUGUGAAAGCGUUUGUCUCUAUACAGCUUGCUAUCCUGGCGAAAUAAUAGCUUUGUCUCCGACAACAACUCCAAUCACAUGCGGGAAAUAUUCACAGUGCCCGGACGGGUAUCGCUGCUCCUACGAUAAGCUAUUCCGUCGACGUGUGUGUUGCGGAUUUUCAAAUUUAGGAGGAGUUUGUCCAGAAAACUCAGUUUCAUUCGCAUCCCCGAACAAAUUGUUGCCGAUUCACUGUUCUCAUUCUUCUGUUACCGAUCAGUGUCCUAUGGAUUUUAUAUGUACAAGAAAGGAAAGAAGUGGACACUGCUGCAGACCAGAAAAAGACUAUUGCCCUCUUGGGCAGCUGCCUCUGAUCGAUACAAGAUCAAGACGUCCUAUGAAAUGUAACCCAAUGCACACUCAUCGCACAUGUUCCGACGGCUACGAAUGUAUCGCUCCGUAUCGCGGGAAUCCAUGGGGAUUUUGUUGCUCUACAAAAAUAGAAGGAAGAUGUCCAAACGGGUCUCAUGUGUACUUGUAUCCUGAGAAUGGUGAACCACAAAAAUGCACCGUUGGAGUGACCACCUGCAGGAUCGGCUACACUUGCCAAAGUCAAACUAACUCGAUCGUGGGGUUUUGCUGCAACACAACAUCGUUGAAUGAUGAAAAGGACUCUGGAGCACGCAACGAGACACUACCAUUGAAAAACACGACAGAAUUCCUCAUCGCUAAUGAAGGAUUGGUCAGUAAAGAAUACAAGAAAUUGCCAUCAUCAUUCGCUCCUGUGCACUCCUACGCAUACGAUUUGAUGACUGUACUGUCAUGUCCGUACCAGCUUACUCCGUCAUAUCUAACAGAUUCACAAACAAUUAUGGAAUGUACAAAAGCUGGCAGUAUAUUCACUUCUUGCCCAGCACCGGCAAAAUGUGUUAGAGCGCCACGAGACGUGCUACGCCGAUCUGUCUGUUGCUCUAGCUAG